AUCAUCAUGAACCAGUUGUACCAAAUUCCAAAUACUUCUUCGACCAACAUUCCUCAAGUCUCGAUUAUUCUUGCCUUACGACUUCUUAUGCAAGGAAAGGAAGUAGGAAGUAUUAUUGGUAAACGCGGUGAUCAAAUUAAGUCGAUUCGUGAAGAAUCAGGAGCUAAAAUUAAUAUAUCCGAUGGUUCAUCGCCUGAACGUAUCGUGACGAUUACUGGCAAUAUCGACACGAUUAAUAAAGCAUUUCGCUUGAUUUGUAUGAAAUUUCAAGAAGAUCAGCGACUUCUUCCAAAUAGUAUUCCAAAACCGCCAAUAACCAUGCGGCUUAUUAUUCCAGCAACACAAUGUGGUAGUCUUAUUGGAAAAGGAGGAUCAAAAAUUAAGGAAAUCCGUGAAGCAAGUGGUGCUUCAAUACAAGUUGCUAGUGAAAUGCUUCCAGGUUCUACGGAACGAGCUGUUACGAUCUCUGGAACGGCUAAUGCCAUUGUUAUAUGCAUACAGCAAAUAUGUCAGAUAUUGCUUGAAGUGAGUUCAUGCUUAUGGUUUCUGCUUAUCAAAAUGAAUCAGUUAGGACCUGUUUAA